AUGGCAUCAAUCGCAAGGAGUUUAAGGCCAUGUGCCUCAAAAAUUACAUCCAGCACUUUCAACACGGUUCCGUCGUGGAGAUCUUCAUCUUUUGGAGCUGUUCGAGCUUUCUCAGUAUCUAGAGCUGCUUUCAACAAGAAGUAUACCAAAGACCACGAAUGGAUUCUCCUCUCUUCCGAUAACAAGACUGGCACAAUCGGUAUCAGUGAUUAUGCCGCACAUGCUCUCGGUGACGUCGUUUAUGUUGAGCUUCCCACCGUCCCAUUAGAGGUCGGCGCUGGUGAUGCCAUUGGGGCCGUAGAGUCUGUCAAGAGCGCAUCCGAUAUCAACAGCCCUAUCACUUGCAAGAUUGUGCAAGCUAAUACGAUGUUGGAGGAAGCACCAAGCACCAUCAACAAGGGUCCCGAAGAUGAAACAAGUGCCGGAGGCUGGGUGGCCAAGGUUGAAGUUGGGGAACAAGGAGUUAAGGACUUGGAAGGGUUGAUGGAUGAAAGUGCUUACAAGACAUUUAUUGAGGAAUAG